AGCGCCCCGCGCGGCCCGGAGGGGCCCGCGCCGCGCGGCCUGGCGGGGGCGGCGCGGCCCGCCGCCGUCCUCGCGGGGGAGAGGGCGAGUUGCGUGGGCAUGUCCGACCGCUACGCCAGCCUGGACGUCCCCCAGCUCAGCCGCAUCGCCACCGAGCGAGGCAUCGAGUGCCCGCAGCUCGGCGAGGCCCCCCAGGAGGACCGCGAGCUCUUGGCGCUGUUGCUGCGGGCGUACGACGCGGGCAGGGCGGCCGCGGCCGGGGAGGCGCGGGAACGGCCGCCGUCGCCCGACGCGCUGGGGGGCGACGAGCUGCGGGCGGAGGUGGCCCUGCAGAUCGAGGUCCUCGAGGUGCUGCGCACCCUGAGCUCCCUCCCCGGCCACCGGGGCAUCGACAUAGGCGGAACGCUCUCGAAGACAAUCCUGGGCGUGCCCCGGGAAGCUCUGCAGAACUUGGAGUUUAAGGCGUCCUUCGGGAAGAGUGGCAGACUACACAGGGACCUGGCGUUCAGCCUGGACUUGAAUGGAACUCCAUUCGAGUUUGUAUUUUUCUCUGGGACGACUUCGAAACUGGAGGAGGCCAUCACUUUCGUGAGCGAGAUGAGGGCCAUGCGCGGCCAGGCUGACACGAGGUCUUCGGAUGCCGCGCCCACGGAUCAGGAGAGGCACCGGCGUUCGCGUCAGAUUGCCCAGGCCGCAGAGGCCAGGGAGGAUUUGAGGUCUUCUAUUAUUCAGUGCCUCAUUGAGUCGGACUUCGGCCAGACCGUUGUUGGAAAGCAGCCGUCACGAUUGGGCCGCGUGCACGUCUCUGGCGGCGGCGCGUGUAAGUAUCCGCCCUUGUUCUUGAACGCCAUGGGCUUGAGCAUCGAGCCCGUCAAGGAGCUGCGGGCCAUGGUGGAGGGCCUGCUAUUCCUGCAGGAGACUUCCGCAGGCUCGAGGCGAAAUGACGAUCCACAGGGCGAUCUCUACACCGUCGACCAGGACGGUCGCAGCGUCGAAUUGCCCUGGCCCGACCCCUUGUUCCCGCUCAUCCUGGUCACGGCGGUUUGGAAUCUGUCGCCCCGCAGCCCUCGUGCGGAGUGGAACGUGGACCUCCCUCCUCACG